AUUCUGUCAGUCUAGUCAUUCUAUUUUCAGUCAUCGACUUCGGUUUCUCACUAUAUCUGACGUCUGAGACCAGUGUGUUGUAUUGUCACUGGGUUUUUUGAUUGAAAAGCUGUGCCACAUUCACAUUUGUCCUACUACGUAUGAGCCUGCUCUAUGAAGUAUGAAAAAACAAAGCAUUCGAAAUUACAAUAAAUUGUAUGACAGUGCGAAAUUGUUAUUUGCUUGCUUAUGAUCAUAUCAGCGGUUCAGGAUAGUAUUUAUUUUCCAACACUUGUCGAAUUUUAAAAGGACACUUCAAAAUAAAAGUAACUUGGUCAAAAGAAAUGAUGGCGUUACGGCGUCUAACAACUAAUGUGUUGCGUUUAAGACCGUUUACUUUAUGCUCAAGUGGAACUAGAUUCUUUUCUGCUAACUAUCAACUAUCAGGAUUGUCUGCAUCCUCUAUUUUGUGCCCAGUAAAAUCACAAUCUUAUAAUUUCGUAUACAAUGCCGCUUCCGCAUUAGGACUAUACGUUCCAUGCCGUUACAGCACUAUAUUCAGCGACUAUCCUAGUGAAAUGUUAUGGGAAGGUGUGACUGGGCCGAAAGGAGGCUCAAAAAAACGUGCAAGAGGAAAACGCAGAGUUACAAGACAAAAAAUAAAUCUUCAUGUGGGACAGAAAUUAGGUUUCGGCAAAGCCUCCAUACAGUGGCCUGGUCUUAAUACCCCUGCAUCUUCAACUAUCAAGAAAGGUGACUACAAUCAAGAGUAUUUUGAAAGGUUAGAAAAGCUUCGUAAUAAAUCUGCCGUGAAAAAGAAACGCAUGAAAUUAACUCCCUUACAACGUGGUUGGACAGGGAAGCUAUUGGGAGGACAAUCUGUUGGUCCACCUACACCGAAUAACCCAGACUUUGAUUGUUUUGUUAUCGAGUCAAAAGUUGUCGCAACAGUGACUGCAACAAAAGGACGUUAUCGUCGAUUUUCAGUUGUUGUUGCAACUGGUAAUGGACAAGGCUUAUGUGGUAUCGGUAAAGCAAAAGCUUUAAAUAUAUUAUCUGCAACUCGACGUGCUAAAUUACGUGCUUCACAAAAUAUUGUAUCAUUUGAACUGAAAGAAGGAAGAACAUUAUGGCAUGUUGGACAUGUUUGUCAGUGGAACAGUAAAAUCUUUGCAGCUCCUCUAUCAGAAGGUGCUGGUCUAAAAUGUCAUCGUAUGAUUAAAACAUUAUGUCAAGUUAUUGGAAUUAAAGAUAUGUAUGCUAAAGUUGAAGGUAGUACAAAUAAUUAUCAAGCAAUAGCCAAAGGUUUUUUACGUUUAUUAAAACAACAAAAAACGUAUGAAGAUUUAGCUAACAGUUUAGGACUUCAUGUUGUAGAAUUUGCUGCUGAUCGUGAUAUGUAUCCGCAUGUAUUGGCAUCUCCUGCAUGCGGUCAUACAUAUGAUUUUAACAAGAAUAAUGUCAAUGAAUCUGGUGAUUCUUCUGUUGCGAUCCACUCAAAAUCUCAUGAAUUACCUCAAAAACUUCCACUGUUGGUUCCACAGAAUCUAACACAUCAUAAACCGCGUAAACCCAUACCUGAAGAACACGACAAUUUCUUAGAUGAUUUAAUCGGUGUUGAUGAAGACACAACAACAGAAACUAAUAUUUCGGAAUUAUUAGCAGCAGGUGAACGUGAUUUAGAUACUCUUAUGUUGGGAGGACGUGUCCCACUAAAAAAGAGCUCAUCUCACUCUGUACGAAUUACCAACCCCAUGGUUAUUAAGCGAAAAGCAGAACGUCAUCGUUAUCGUAACCAGCAAGUUGUCAGACGUGAGAGAAACGCUCACAUAGCAUUGUCUGUAAAUUCAGUUUAACUAUAAAACCUUGUAUAUAUAUUUCUAGCAUAAAGUUCUGAUGGGUAUUUUGCUUCAUAUUUUGAUUGUAUUCUGUGUAUUUACCGAACCUUCUAAGGGAUAAACUUCAGUCAAAAAUAAUAUUAAAGAUAUUGACGACUUAAAAUGAUAGCAUUACGAAGACAUCUCUACUUACAUAAUUUAUAGUUUAAAAAACUAACUCUAAUUUCUCAGUCUUCUACUGUUCCAAUUUGAUAAAUAUUGUGACGUUUAGCACCUUGAUAGAAGUAUGACUCAUCUUUGUUUGAAUAUAUCAUAUUAAUGACGAUACCUAUCGUCAAAUCAACGUGAAUUCAAUACUUUGAUGCUUGAUUUCUGUAAUCUUUAUAACCUUUAUGACUCUCAAGUAAUUUCGAUGAAUUUCAAAUCCAUCUCAUUUUAUGUAUUGAGUUGCAUUUUGCUAGAUAAAUAUUAGAUAUUUCAUAGUUUGAAUCAAA